AUGGCAUCCACCAUUUUGUCUACUCAGACAACCCAUACUCCUGGUAUACUUAUCAAUGCCGUCCCUCGUCAUUAUGCGGCAAGCCUUGCAAGGGCACUCUCGCAGCCCACUUCCCCUUCGAAUGGCAUACACUCCCUUUUAACUUCGUCUGCUAGUUCGACGAGCUCUUCCAGUGCGUCUUUAAAGCUCUUUGACACUGUUCCCUCACCCUCUGGGCGAAAGAUUCGUUUCGCACCACUUCCCGAUCCUCGUAAACUUGAGGAGGAAGAUGACGCUAUAGGCUCUGAUACUUCUCUAAGUGAUGAAGGCUCACCCAAUGGCAUUGCUGCUCGCGAAGGCCGUGGUGCUAAUGGUGAGCUCGAGGGUGGUAGCGGCGGAGGCGGUGGUAAAUUGUCUCUAUGGAGUUCACUGGAGAUUCCGUGUAAGAAUGAAGAUGCUGGCACUGCGUCCGCAGCGGUGGCUGGUCCGAGUCACUUGAGUGGUGGAGCCACUGGUCACCUCACACUUUCGUCCUCUCCAACAAAGUCUUCGUUUACCAAGUCGGCCGCAUGGAAACUCAUCAAGCCCUUCAUCCCUGGUAUAUCCAGCAAAACAAAGCCAGAGUCCAAAGAACCCUACCCCCCACUCUUCCGUGAGACUUCAUCUGAUUCGAUAUACUCUACUCAAUCCCUUGGGUUGCCAUCUCGCAGUCGGAGGCUAUCAACCAGUUCGAGUACGAUGGACGCGAGCUCUUCCGGGAGCAUUACAUCGCAAGAACGAGCUGCCAUUUUAUCGCAUACUACUCCACUUAGGCAGACCGUUUCUGAAGGUGGAAGGCCGCGUACAUCAUCUGCCGUUCCGAGUAGCAAACCGAACGGUAUCGGAGGAGGUCGUCGUCCCCUUUCAGCGACAGCUAACGCUCGCACCCGCCGUCCCCUAUUCAUGCUGAAUGGGAGAGUGUACGGUAAGAAACGAGGAGCCUUGACGCCCGAUCCAUUCCAGCACCAACGAGCGUUUGAACCCGAGUUUAGCGAGUGGGGGACCGGUGGAUUAGGGAGCGUCCCUUCGAAUAGGGCCUCGGGUGCUGCGGCUGAUUGGGAUCGGUUGCAUAACGGCAAGUCGUUUGCGAAGGCACAUGAUGACGAUGACGAUGGGGGUGGAAUGGGGUGGGUGAAAAGGAGAAGGGAAGCGAGAGCGAAGGCUGCUGCUGAAGCGGAGGCGGCGGCAGCGGCAGCAGCAAUAACAGCGGAUGCGGCUGAAGCUAGCACAGGUGAUGCUGACGGUGGAUCUCGUGAGGGGCAAUUUAGCGAAGGGAAGACAGAUACUGCCGUGGAGGGUAGUGUUGUCGGCACCCCUGCCGAACCACAAUCACAACCAACCCAGCAGCUACCACCGGCAUCGGCGCCGGCUCAACAGCGGCGGCCAACUCGACGGAGGUCGUCCGGUGAUAGGACCGCGUCUAUUGGGACUGUUACCGAUACUCCGCAGCUUAACGCCGGUGAUAUGAACGCCAAGACAAUCUUGUCAUCAGCCCUAUCCUCCCAAGCGCACGUUUCGUAUCCAACACAACCACUAUCACAACCAUCACUUUCAUCAUUGCACCCGCAAACAUCGUCGGUUCCUCCCACCCCAUCGUCUCAUUAUUUCCCUCAUCAACCCCUUACUCGUACUCCAUCCAAUUCAACCCAGAAGACGACAGAUAGGCACUUGUUGGAGCAUCGCAAUACGUCCGUCCACGUCCUACCACCUUCACCUCCAGUCAGUCUUGGCGGCGAAGGGCAGUAUCAUCAUCAGUAUUUUGGAAUUGGAGUUGGUAUGGGACAUCAGAGGAAACAUUCGUUAACGAGACUGAACAUAUCGAGGGUGUCAUCUCAUGAUAGUGGAACGGUGAGAGGUACCAGUGGAACGGUUACCCCCACUAUUGGUGCUGGUGGCAGGGAGAUACUUGAACAGAUUAGUGCGGGUAUUACGAGUGAAGAGGUUUCGGAGGAGAGUGAUAGUGAAGAAGAUGAGGAUGAUGAGGAUGAAGCCGAGAUGGAACGAGCUCGUAAAACUGCGGCUUGUGCUGGUGUUGAGAAGAUCUCAAGACACCGGGAACAUAACGAGGAAUAA